AUGAGGAGGGUGACACGCAAGUAUCUUGGCUUGGCCAAUAUUGCCUUCUUCGCCGGCGCGCUUUGCCUCGUCCUCUUCAUAAACCUUGGAUCAUCCUCGCAGGACCGCGUUUUUGACUGGAAUACCGUCCGCUACAAAUCGGCGGCAAGAUCUCUACCAGAAGCCAGAGGAGCUUGCCCGGGCUUGUCACAAACAAGAAAGCCAGCGCUCGUGAUCUCUAGAGUAGCAGCCGAUGGCGACUCGGCGUGGUUGAAACCACUCGAGAAAAAGUAUCAUCUAUGCGUCUACACCGUCGAUGAUGCAAAGGACAGGGCCUCAUAUCAUCUGCAAGUCCCUGCGAACAGAGGCCAUGAAGCCAUGGUCUUUUUGACAUUCCUUGCCGACAACUACGAGAACAUACCGGCAGCUGGCGCGGUCUUUAUCCAUGGAGCUAGGUACCAAUGGCACAACGAUCAGCCAGAAUAUGACAACCUCGAUCUGCUGUCAUCUCUCAAUGUGUCGAAUGCUCUGAAGCCGUACGGAUACCACAACCUACGAUGCGACUGGAGCGCAAGUACAUGCUCGGCAAAGGAGUCUGUCCCGCAACGAAGCCUCGAGACCGUCUUCAAAGCGCGCUUGCAACCCUGGGAUGCCCGCGCAGUCUCCGACGUGGCUCUUUCAGACGCCUUGGUGACCUUGUUUGGAGGGGGAAAGCCGAAUGAGCAAGUCCUUUUAGGCCGCUUCGAUGCCGUACGUUCACAGUGCUGCGCGCAGUUCGUUGUAUCGCCACAGCACAUCUGGCAGCAUUCACGAGCUGAAUAUGUUGCACUGAGACAGUGGCUACUCGACGGCGGCCAUGGUCAAGGAACUGCACCUUUGGACGACAGAGUGGCAGGAAGGAUCAUUUCCUAUGUCUGGCACAUCUUGUUCAUGCAAGAUGCCCGCAGUCCCAUAAGCCUCGACCAACUGAACGCUCAAGCAUGCCCUUCCGCCCCAGAUUGCUAUUGUCGCCUCUACGGCCGAUGCAACUUGCAAGGCUGCACUAGUGGUGGCUGUCGUGGACAGUACAACCUGCCUCCUGGCUUCAGACUUCCCGCUGGCUUUGAAAAGGCGCACGUAGGAUUGACAUGA